AUGAAAUAACCAGAGUAUAGAUGCACAGAGAAAUUAUGGAAGCCUAUUGUUAGACCUCCUAGACAUAAUUAUAGACUAAAAGAUAUGGGAAAUGAAAUAUUUAUGGUUCAUGACACAGUAGUUAAGCGAAUAGACUUUGAAAUGGCAAACAGUCGUGGAUUAACACUUCAGUGCAGCUUAUUUGAGCCUGUUAGAAUUCAAGACAAGCCUCAUGCAUGUAUGAUUUAUUUACAUGGGAACUCAAGUAGCAGAGUAGAAUCUCUAACAAUACUUGAAUAUUUACUUCCUUAGAACAUUGCAGUAUGUGGAAUUGAUUUGUCUGGUUCUGGCCAAUCAUAAGGAGAAUAUAUUUCAUUAGGAUUCUAUGAAUCAAGAGAUGUAAACGAUCUCUAUAACUACUUGCGUUCAAAUAAACCUUUUAUCACUUAAAUCGGUUUGUGGGGCAGAUCUAUGGGUUCAGUAACAGCAAUAUUAGCAGCCAGUUUGAAUACUAACUUUAAAAUGCUCGUUUGUGACAGUCCUUUUUCGAAUUUGACUCAUUUGUGCUAAGAGUUGGCAUCCAACAAUUAUAACAUUCCAGGAUGUUGUUUUAAUUGUUUUUGGUGUUUUGUAAAAUCUAAAAUAAGAAAGGAAGCUAAAUUUAAUAUUGAUGAUCUUAAUAUCGUUCAAAUUAUACAAACAUUGCAAACUGAUGUUGCUAUAGUAUUUCUAUCAGCUAAAGGUGAUACAUUGAUUGGGGAAAAGCAUCCUAAAAUUUUAUCAGAAAAGUUUAGAGGAAUAAAGGAAUUAAUCUAAUUUGAGGGAACCCAUAAUUCUAAGAGACCUAUAGAUGUGAUGAAAGGAACAGUUUAAUUCAUAAUAGCAUAGAUGGAAAAAUAUGAAUAACAUAGUAGUCUAAGAGACACUAAAGUUUCAUUAAAUUGUAAGGAUUAGAUUCCAAUCCCAGAUAUUGGAGCACCUCUACUUCAUUCAGAAAAACCAUAUAUAUCCAAGACAGAAAAAUGAUGUUAAGUUUUAUUCUAUAAUUAUAUAAUUUAUAUUUUA